AUGAAAUCCUGUGCCCGGCGCCAGAAAGCCGGCUGGGCACACGGUCCCAUCCAGCCACGGCGUCCCCGCGUCCCCCACCUCCGUGGCUUUCCGUGCAGCUCGCCGUCCCUCGGUCCUGUCCCGUCCGCAGAGCUGGUGGCUGUGCUGGUGACAGCUGGAGUUGAGCACAGGUGGGGCGGCACCGGGUUCACCCCUGUCCUCCCGCUGCCCGGCGGUGUCCUGGAGCCCAGCCACUUCUCGGGGUAUCAGCUGCCUAUUUUUGACCCGCCGGAGGAACUGGAGAGGAAGGUGCGGGAGCUGGCGGAUUUGAUCAGGAGUUCCUCCAAUGUGGUGUUUCACACGGGGGCUGGAAUCAGCACCGCCUCGGGGAUUCCCGACUUCAGGGGGCCCAAUGGUGUCUGGACUAUGGAAGAGAAGGGGCUCUCCCCAAAAUUUGACACCACCUUUGAGAAUGCCAGGCCCUCCAAGACUCACAUGGCGCUGCUGGGGCUGCAGAGAGUCGGCAUCCUGAAAUUCCUGGUCAGCCAGAACGUGGACGGCCUUCACGUGCGUUCAGGAUUCCCACGGUACUGCCUCUCCCGCCCUGUCUCCGGGUCCCUCACGCUUUCUCCAGCCGCUGCCACGUGGCUGCAGUACGUGCGGGACGCAGUCGUGGGCAGCAUGGGGCUGAAGCCAACGGGCAGGCUGUGCAGCGUCACCAAAGCCCGGGGGCUGCGGGCCUGCAGAGGGAAGUUAAGAGACACUAUUCUGGACUGGGAAGAUUCCCUGCCCGACCGCGACCUCACGCUGGCGGACGAAGCCUGCAGGAAAGCUGAUCUCUCCGUCACCCUGGGGACCUCCCUGCAGAUCAAACCCAGUGGCAACCUCCCGCUGAUCACGAAGAAGAGAGGAGGGAAGCUGGUCAUAGUCAACCUACAAGCAACCAAACACGACAGACAGGCCGACCUGCGCAUCCACGCCUACGUCGAUGAUGUCAUGACGAAGCUGAUGAAGCACUUGGGGCUGGAGGUCCCGGAGUGGACGGGGCCGGUGGUGGUGGAAAGCGCUGAGCUCACCAAGCCCGAACAGCUCUUCAAAUUUGACCCCGGGGCUCGCGGGCUGCUGAAGGAGGAGCCUCUCUCGCGGCACAACGGCACCGGCGGGCUGUGCCCUGACCUUGGGACCACGCUGGUGGAGCGCCGUGACAGUCUGAGGCAGGAGGGUCCCAGCCCGGACACGGGGCCAACGACGGUGAAGAAGAUGAAGGGGGAGCCUCUCCUCACCUGACCCAGGCUGCUCCCUGUCUGUCUAGACACUCGUCUGUGUCGCUUUUCCUACCGACGUUUUUUUAUACCCUUAAACAUUGUCCCUUUUUUUAUGUAAGUAUUAAAUACACUUGAAUCGCG